UCAGUGAGGACCGCUCGGCAUUGCACGUAAGGCCUACCAUUUCCAUUUCCCUACCUACAUACGCAGUGCGCGGUGGGGUAUCUUCCUACUAAAACGGCCUCAGUUCGCUCUUACGGCAAAUCAGCCAGCAAUGGCCAGGUUUCUCCUCAACCAAAGAGCAGACACGAAGUUGGAAGAUAAAUACUCCCUGUACGUCAGACAAAAUGAAGUAUCCUUCUAUCCCUGGUUCAUCCUUCUCUCACUUCUUAUCCACGUUGACCAGCCAUCGACUCCAACAGUUCGGCGGUUGUCGUCCCUACACCUCAUUAUCCUGGGAAUUUCCAGGACAAACCUCGAUGAUUACCUUCAAAGUAGCUCGGCAGAUAUAGACGCACAGUGCUCGUUUGGACGAGCCCCGCUAUGCUGGGCUGGCCAGAAACCGAACGGCUACCAGGACGUGCAGUUGCUUAUAAGCCAUGGGGCAACGGUGCGCAUUCCUGACAUCAGAGGUCAGACUCCUCUGCAUUUGGCCGCAGAGACUGGUCAUUACAGAAGUCUACAAAUAAUCCUGGAAGCAGUAUCAAGCCUGGAAGGGCCCCACAACCUCAGACAAGAAGUGCGUGACAAGAUUGCGGCAAUGAAAUUCGAGGAAGAAGAAUGGGAACCCGGGUCCGCGCUCGAGUCUCAGUCCGAUGAAUGUUCUGGCUACAUUUCUGAUUUUAGCCUUUCUUUUGACAGUUCCUCGAGGACGUCGACUAUAAGAGACGAACGGGAUCAUUUUGCACCGCGAACCAAUAACGUUGCACAUGCUGGGCUUUUACUGAGGCACGGCGCCAAACUGAACCAUCUUGACUCGGCAAAUAGACCUCCCCAAUUCAUUGCACUCUACUGGGAUCACCACGAAAUCGUCUAGCUCUUUCUGGCAAGCGGGGCCCGUGUCAAUCUCGUCGACGAUAAUAAAAUGGCUGUGCUGCAUUAUGCUGCGAGG